AUGUUCAAAAUUGUCCGAUUUGUCUUGUGCGCGACUUUCAUCCAUAAAAUCACAUCUGCUCACAAUGCUGAAUGCUGGCGUGACACACCAUGUUCAGGCUUGCCAACGACUGCAUUUCCCGGAGCUUGGGAUAAAUUUAACUAUUCUCCAGCUAGCCGCAUAGUAUCUCCGACUAAGAUUCUUUCAAAAUCUGGCACAUAUAUGGCAACAUUUCCCGCGAAUGUGGAACUUCAAGGAAAUGGCUCUCAAUUUAUAUACGAUUUUGAGAAAGAGAUUUCUGGCAUUGUUACCAUAGCUUACAGCUCUAAUGGCUCGGCACGCCUUGGCUUAGCCUUCAGUGAGGCUAAAAAUUGGACCGGCGAAUGGUCGGAUGAUACAAAUGGCUCUUUCAACCCAGACGGAGCUUUAUACGCAAAUGUGACGGCUACUAAAAGCGAAAAAUACGAGAUGCCGCUCGAAAAGCUCCGUGGAGGAUUUCGUUACUUGACUUUAUUUGAGGAGAGUAAAUCAGAUGUACAAAUUCAUAUACUCAAUGUUACAGUAGAAAUAUCCUUUCAACCAGAUUGGCCAAAUUUGAGGGCUUAUAAAGGCUACUUCUCUUGUAGCGACGAUUUGCUCACCAAGAUUUGGUACUCGGGUGCAUACACUUUACAAACAAACGCCAUUCCUCCAAGCACUGGUAGAGAAUUUCCGAUCCUAGGAUCUAGCUGGUUGAACGACGGUGAUUUAUCUUUGGGGGUGCAAGGCUCGACCGUCUAUGUUGAUGGGAGUAAGCGAGACCGGACUAUAUGGCCUGGAGACUUGGGAGUUGCAGUUCCAAGCAUACUUGUCAGCACCGGCGACUGGGAUGGGGUCCGUACAACUCUUAAUGUUUUAUACGCAGGCCAGGCGAAUAGUGGUGAACUUCCCUUUGCUGGACCUCGGAUUAAUAUAUACGGCUCUGACACUUACCAUAUGGCGACACUUCUAGGUACUUAUGAUUAUUUUCUUUGGACCAAUGAUAUUAGGUGGAUUGUAUCGAUCUAUGAAAACAAGUUCAAAAAGGCAGUUACAUUCAUCAGCGAUAAGAUUGACUAUACAGGCAUGCUCAAUGUCACCGGAACUGAGGACUGGGGAAGGCUGAAGCAAGGCGGUCACAACACUGAAGCCAACAUUUUACUCUACAAUGUACUGAUGAAAGGAGCUCAAAUUGCAAAUUGGAUGGACGACUCAGAGCAAGGUGAUAUAUGGAUUCAACUUGCUAAUACUCUGCGCGUUUCAGUAAAUACUAACAAUAUGAAUUAUACCUAUGGGGCAUAUCAAGAUGAUGAUGUGGAAUCUUCUCUCUAUCCUCAAGAUGCCAAUUCUCUCGCACUCCUCUAUGAAUUCUCCAAUCCAGAGGAUACACCCCACAUUUCAAAUGCCCUAACCCAUAAUUGGAUAAGUAUCGGCUCCCUCGCGCCUGAGCUUCCAAAUAAUCUAGUUGGAUUUGGGCAAUCACUCGAAGUCAAGGGCCACUUAGUUGCACAUCAGGCUAGUCGCGCACUGGAACUUGUUCGCCGCGCCUGGGGCUGGUAUUUAUCUAACCCAUACGGUACUGGCAGUACAUGCAUUGAAGGCUAUCGGGCUGAUGGAAGCUUUGGCUAUCGGGCUGAGAGAGGAUAUGGCAAUGAUUACUCAUAUACAAGCCACGCACAUGGAUGGUCAACAGGUCCGACCGACGCACUGACUAGCUAUAUUGUGGGUCUCACAGUUACUGCCCCAGGCGGAAUGCAAUGGGCCUUAGCACCUCAAUUCGCAGAUCUUUCCCACGCCGAAGCUGGCUUCACGACACCUACAGGAAAAUUCAGCGCCAAAUGGAACUUGAAUGAUGAUGGUUAUAGUUUAAGUUGGGACGUACCAACCGAAACAAGCGGGAUAAUUAAAAUUAAUAUGGGACCUGCAGGAAUUUCCGAGCUAGUUCUUGAUGGAGACGAGCAAAUAGUCGAUCGUCAAGAGUUGGACCCCACAACUGGCUCAAUUAUAUUUCCUGGGGAAGGUGGAAAGCAUUUCAUGCAAGUAAUCUAUUAA